GUUCACGUUACCAUUGGCGUGAACACAUAAACGGAUCGUAUGGUACUAUCGUCGUCGGAUCAGUCAUUAACACAACCAGCAAGCAUGUUUCGACACAUUAAUAGAAAAAUUUUCCGAUAAAUACGAUGUAAGAACAUUCCGGUAAAAGGCAAAAGUAAAGAAAUUUUCAAGUAUGACGAUACCACGUAAGAAGAGGAAGGACGUCUCGACAGGUACCAGCCACGGCAAAUUAUGGAGUAAGGACGAGUUCGAAGACGACGAGGGGUUCGCGUACGAGGAGAUAACCGAAAGGCUUUUAACGACGGCUCGAGCGGCAAAGUUGCCCAUCGAAGGCGAUCGUUCCGAGACCGAUCGAGUUGACAAAAAGCCGAAGCUACCGAUGCGAGAGAGCCUCUUUGCUCACGUUCCACCGUACAUCAUCUUUCACGGUUACGACAAGAACGGCGCGUCAUUACCUCCGGAAAUUACGAGACACCUGCUCUGGUGGCAUACCAAGAACUUCUCACCGCGAAUGAUACGUCUGACGGUUCUCAAAUCGGGAUUUACGAUGACCGAGAAAUCUAUGGCCAAUUGGUCCGGUACCUGGUGUAACAAACCGGCGUUUCUACGUACGAGGAAACAAUUGAAAAAAUUUCAAAAGAUCAAUCACUUUCAAAAUUGUCAAGAGUUAAGCAACAAGAUCAACUUAUGGAGAAACAUUAACAGAAUGGCCAAAGUAUACGGUAAUAAGAGUUUCAACUACAUGCCGUACUCUUACGUACUACCAACAGAUUAUGCGAAACUUAAGAGAUUUAUGGAUAGGAAAAACGGCACUGUCUGGAUCCUGAAACCAGGAGAUUCUUGUGCCGGUCACGGUAUACGAUUGGUGUCACGUUGCUUCGAGAUACCAAGAAAGUCAUCCUACCUGGCCCAACGUUAUCUAUGGAAUCCGAGCUUGAUCAACGGCUACAAGUACGAUAUACGUUUGUACGUUCUAUUAACGUCGAUCGAUCCCCUUCGUAUAUUCAUUUAUACGGAAGGUCUUGUCAGGUUAGCCACCGUUAAGUAUCACAAUAGACUCGAUACUCUAAAUGAUCGUUUUAUGCAUCUGACUAAUACAUCGAUCAACAAGCUAAGCCCUAGAUACCGAGGUAACGACGAUCCCAAUAAGCAACAGGGUAACAUGUGGUCGUUGACAGCUCUUUGGAAUUAUCUUCGUUUCAGAGAACGCGCGAAUAUCAAUAAUAUUUGGCGAAAGAUCAAAGGUAUCGUUAUUAAGAGUAUUAUUUCCGCCGAGAAUUCCUUGAUACAGGGUAUGAAAGAUUCUCAUCCACCGAGUUACAACAAUUGUCAAUUGUUCGGUUUCGAUGUACUCCUAGACGUACGUUUGGAACCAUGGUUGCUCGAAGUUAAUGAUUGCCCGUCGAUGUCUACCGAGACACCUUUGUGCGCCAUCAUUAAGGGUCAACUUGCACGUGACUUUUUAAAUCUCGUUGGUUUUCACGUGCCCGAUAUAUUGAAACCGACCGACGUCGAAACAUUGAAAGGAUAUUCGAACGAAUCUCAAAUCUGUUACGAUCGUAAUCUAUACGAUACUUUCUUGUCGAAGAUAGGAGAAGAAAAGCAACGUUCCUUCGAGAAUAAUGCUCGGAAUAAUCGUGAAUACUAUUUGAACGUAAUUCUGAGGGAGCUCACGCCCGAGGACGUGAGGGUGUUGAUACGACACGAGGACGAGCUCGCCCAAACCGGCAGAUUCGAAAAAAUCUUCCCCACGUGCAACACGUACGAGUACUUCAAGUACUUCGACAAACUCAGUUACUACAACAUGCUUCUCGAUGCGUGGGAACACACGUACGGUAAUGACAGGCUUCGAGGUAUCGACAGGUUGAGAAAAUUGUGCAAACAGAGAUAUCACUUGAACCAACAACUACCGUCGACAAAUAUACAAGAUCAAACGAAUACUUGACUGAUCCAUCUGUCCUUUAUAAUUUAUCCAUUUCAUUAUCUUUAAUCGAGAUCAAUUAUCGAAUUAUUACGUUAUAUUGCCCAUUAAUGAUACAACAAUUCGAAAUAUACAUUUACUAUCGUUAUAUGUUCAUGAUUCAUUGCACGUCCGAUUGGCAAUUUCUUAAAAAUGCUUACCUGUCAAAAAUUUUUAAAGGUUAAACUCCAUCGUGAAAUUUUCUACAAGUACGAAUUAAAAUAUCGUAUACUUCGACGUAUUUUUACGUAAUGUCGGGCUACGAGUAGAUCGUGGACUUGAGGAAAAAUGUAAACGGG